UUGGUAGCCAGCUAGGAGGAUAUACCGAUAAUAGAAACUGGUGAAUGUGGUCAUGUUGCAGUUGCUGAGCUUGAAUUCGUGAAGCAUUAGUUGGAUACAUGUUUUCAUGAAGCGGCCCAGGGAAGCCUAUAAUUGGAAGAAGUGAAUCGCGCGUCGCUGCUGGAGACUUGGUCUCCCCAAACAAGAAUGGGGUCUCGGUCCAUAAGGCUAAGGUAAAGUGACCUCAAAUCGCGUUCUCUAAUGGCAAAUUUCACAAAUUACCAAGAAAACAAAGCCGAUAUGUUGAUGUUGGAGACACAACAGAGGGCUAUUGGGACUAAAUCUGGGGCUGCGGCGGCCAACGGCGACACCUCUGCCGGGGAACCCCCUUCUUCCCUAAUUAAUAUCGGCGGCGUUCGUUUCCAUCAACACUUACCGCCCUCCAACCACCAGACUACCCAGUCAAAGGAACCCCACCACGACCAACAGUACCACUACCAAGCACAGCAGCAUUUGGCAAGCGAAAAUCACCAAGAUUCACCGGUAAGAAAACCCUCGUCUUCUUCUAUUAACCCGGUACAUGAGGAUCUCGCUACUACUACAAAUCAAACACAAGCUACCUCUUCAGCUGCCACUGCAAUAGCUGUGAAUGCCGGCACCGCUACUUCAGACGGGGUGGAUGAUAUUAGGAAAUGCGGAUACCUGAGAAAACAGAAACAUGGCCAUAAGAGGUUUUUUGUUUUACGGGCGUCAAGCCAUUUGGGGCCCAGUCGACUGGAAUACUACGAUAGCGAAAAGAAAUUUCGAAACAGCCUUCGCUCCGCUGCCGCUGCCGCCAAUACUGCCGGCUCAUCUGCCGGGACUGCUGUGACCGCCUCUCCCCCGAAAAGAGUGAUUUAUCUAUACCAGUGUUUCACUGUAAACAAAAGGGCGGAUUCUAAGAACAAACAUCUCAUAGCUUUGUAUACUAAAGAUGAGUACUUUGCUAUUGUGGCCGAGAAUGAGCAGGAGCAAGAAGACUGGUACUUAGCGCUGAGUGAACUGAUGAACGAGGGUAAAAAAGGCCACAUGGACGCGGACGAGCUGGACGAUGGCUACGGUACAGUGACCCCAGGUACAGUUUUUAAGGAGGUGUGGCAAGUGAAUGUAAAACCCAAAGGCUUGGGUCAAACUAAGAAUCUGACAGGUGUGUACAGGCUCUGCCUCUCCUCCAAAACCAUUCACUUGGUUAAACUGAACUCUGAGACGCCGUGUGUGAACCUGCAGCUCAUGAACAUCCGGCGCUGUGGGCAUUCUGAAAGUUUCUUCUUCAUAGAGGUCGGCCGUUCCUCCUCUAUAGGGCCCGGGGAGAUAUGGAUGCAAGUUGACGACUCAGUUGUGGCUCAGAACAUGCAUGAAACCAUACUGGAGACAAUGAAGGCGUUGAAAGCCUUCACAGAGUUCCGGCCCAGGAGUAAAAGUCAGUCCUCUGGCUCUAACCCCAUGGCUUUCAUUACCACACGCCGUCACUUGGGUAACCUCCCACCCAGCCAAACGGGGCUCCAGCGGCGGUCACGGACUGAGUCGGUGGUGGGCACACCACCAAGCAGUAAAAGCAGCGGGGCGAGUGGGUACCGCUUUCGCACCUCCAGCGAGGGUGAGGGCACCAUGAACCGGCCUUUCCGAUCAGUGACAGGGAGUCUCAUCCAUCUUAACACGGCUCGUGCCAACCUGGGUCGACAGGAGGCCAGUGGAGCCAGUGGGAGGCACGUAAGGGCACUGCAAGGCACCUACCAUGCCCGCUCAGCCUCACUGCCUGUCUCUCACUUCCCCUCCACCACCAGCCCAGUCAGCAUGUCCAGCAGCAGCGGGCAUGGCUCCGUCUCUGACACGCUCACACGCCCCUCUAGUGCCUCCAUCUGCGGCUCUCCCAGCGACGGAGGCUUCAACUCCUCAGACGAGUAUGGCUCCAGCCCGGGCGACUUCCGAUACUUCCGCGUGCGGAGCAACACGCCGGACUCUCUCGGCAACACGCCGCCCAUCCGUGAAGAGCACUGCCUAAGUGACUACAUGGCCAUGGGCUGGCACCGUGACCUGUUUACGGGGAAUUCGGGGGAAGGCUCUCGGGACGAGAGCGCGGACGAAGAGCUGAGGUCGGGUUCACUCAGAAGACGUACCCCUUCCUUCUCCAGGCAGGUAGGAGGUGGCUCCAGUGCAAGUGUGCCCGUGUACCAGAAGAUGACCCAAACCACUUACUCGCUGGACGAGGCCGUGGCUGAUGGGGGUUCACUAGGUAGCGGGGGACAAGCCACCUCCUCCCCCUCCUCCAUGCGCUCUGACCUCAGCUCCAGCUCCGAACACAGCCAGGGCCGCCCCCCAGCCCUGCGGCCUGCUGACACCAUGAAAGAUGAUGGCUACAUGCCCAUGAUGGCCGGCGUGGUCCCCUCCCCCCGCGAUUCGGACUACAUGCCUAUGCAACCCAGUCCUCAGCUCUCCUUUUCGCCGCUGCUCCAGAGCACCGCCUCUCCUGCCUCGCAGCAGGUGGACUCGCAGGGCUACAUGAUGAUGCUCCCGGGUGGAGUUGGUACGGGGGGUAGCAGCAGCGGUGGAGAUGGCUCUUUGUCACAGACCAGUCCUCACAGUGGUGGCAGGGUUACGGGUCGCAGUGGCCCCGAGUGUCUUGAGAAUGGGGAAUACAUGGACAUGUCCCAGAACAUCCCUGUGGGGACACGGAAGCUCUCCAACGCUGCCUACUACGCGCUCACCGCAUCCGAGGUGUCCAAGUCUCACAGCCCCUAUUUUUCGCUCCCACGCUCAUACAAAGCUCCAGUGAGGGAGCAGCGGGAACACGACGAAUAUGUUCCCAUGAGCUCUCCUGCCAAAACUGUCCGGAAUUCCCAUUCCGCCACUCCCGAGCGGAGCCCCCGGCUCCCACCUGGUGACGCGCCCCUCCAUAACGGCUGCGGGGACCCCGAUCGGACAGACCAUCGUGUCACGCGGCCCACCCGUCUCCCCCUUUCCCGACGUAGCUUCCACGGCUCUCUCCAGGCUAGCGAACAGGUUGCGGCCCCCACCAGCCCCGGUGAGUACAUCAACAUUGAGUUCAGCGACCCGCCCAUAUACCCUAGCUGCCCCUUGUCUACAGAAGGGUCCCCCUCUGCCACCGUGACCUCGAGCAGGGACCAGGAGGAGUCUCCCACCCACCAAGACUACAUGAGUGUGGACACCGACGCCCUUCGGCCCAAAAACCAUUCGCCUCGCCCGUCUUUGGUAGCUCCCUGGAACCCUCCUAGCUACAUCCGCCCCCUGGCUUCCUCCUCCUCUUCCUCCUCCCAGGCGAGCAUCGGACGGUCAGAUGACUACACGCAGAUGACCUUUGGCCUAGGAGCGGAGUCUUCAAGCCCCAGCGGCAUGCUCCGCCUGUGUGCGUUGGAACAACACUACCCUCCAUCCAGCCCUCUUCCUGAGCCAAAGGUCAUCCGCGCCGACCCCCAGGGCAGGCGGAGACACAGCUCGGAGACCUUCACCACGACGCCGGCGGCGACUGGCACGGAUGGAGCCGACGCCAACCCCUCUGCGCCCAACGGCGCCCAACUUGCAGAAGGCGGGAAGUGGCAGAGCUCAGCAUCAUUCGACAGCGUGUGGAUGUGCGUGGAAGGGGCGGCGACCGCGGACGCGGCAGCAACAGCAGCCAUGCCCACCGAGGGAGCGGAGACGGGCGGCAGCUCUGGGAGGACGUGUCACGCUGUAUCCAAGGGUUACCAGAACGGCCUCAACUACAUCGCCCUGGACCUGAAAGAGGACCCAGGACCCGGGAACGACCAUGAUGUACCUCCUUCACCUUCAGCGGUCGCCCCCCACCCAGAGAACGGGGCGUACGCCAGCAUAGAUUUCACCAAAUCAGAAGGGGUGGCAGCCUCGAAAGACUGAAGAUGGGAUGUCCUGCUUUUGCGGAGGUGUAACUGUGCCGCAGGCUGCUUCGGUCAAUCACCAAAUCCACGACGCCAGAUACCACCGUUCCUCCAACACCUCCUCCAGCCGGACUCCAACACUCACCCGCAGCAAAAACAAAGCAACCAGGACUUCAGCCACACAUCACUUUAAUUUCCUUCUGUUCACUUUACCCCCCCCCCCCUCAGAUCUUUAACUGGGGCUGCUCUGUGUGUAUGAGCUCUACUCUUUGUUUCUUAUUGAUUUUAUGAUAUUUUUGGUUUGUAACCAGCACAUAAAGGGAGAAAAACACACACACACACACACACACAUACACAUACACACGCACACACACUGAGACACUGAGACCCGACUCAAGUUUGGUUUAAAAGGUCUACCCAGUUUACAAGCAUUAUACUCAUAAAACUGAUGUUUUAUUUAUUGCCUCUUUAGAUUUCAGGUACUUUUAAGUUCAGUUUUUUUUUCUUUUUCUUGAUACCCACGCAUGAUACUGCUACUGGUACUGCUUUUUGGUAUUUUCAGGGUUUUCUUCGUAAAGCAUUAGACGACCCCCCCCCCCCCCCCACCCCUUUACGUUUCAGUUAGUUAGACGUACGUUCAGUACGAGCGUGUUCCCUGUGCAGUCUGCAUUUUGCAGGAGGCCUGAAAGACUCCCACUCCAGUACUAUCACCGCUCUCUCCCACAAUCCCCUGUGUGUCAGGCAGGCGAUGACGCCCAGGGGUUCCGGUAACCCUUCUCCGGGCCCCAGGUGCGACGUGCUGCACAUUCCUGCUCCGUGACAUGGCCUCGAACGCACCCCU